GAAGAAGAAGAACACAAACACAAACCAAUAAUCCUCUGAUUCUGACUUUGACAGCUCUUGUUCUGUCAUUUAUCUUUUGCCUAUAAUUCGAUAUCGGCAUAUUACAAAUAUUAUUUAAUUGUGUGCCUUUCCAAGUUUGCAUCACAGCAGCGCCAGACUGUCUGACUGCCUGCCUGUCUGACGUGAGCUCCUCUCUCCAGCUAACCCGGCGGCAACACAGCGGCCAGCUGACGGAGCUCUGAGCCUGUUAGCCCGCUAGCGUUAGCUCGGCUGUCUCUCCAGUCGACCUGCCCUUUGUCUUUUACAAGCAAGUCAGCUAGCUGGGAUCGUCUCUCCUCUUUCGUAAACUGACUCUGGCUCUUGCGAUUCUACUUUUAAUCGCCUGACAAGAGUGAAGGAAACCAAGAUAGGCGGCUUGGGAACCAAGAUGUCGAACCGAGCGGUCUGCAGAGAAGCGAGUCACGCCGGGAGCUGGUACUCUGCUUCGGGAUCCCAGCUGAACGCACAGCUAGAAGGCUGGCUGUCCAAAGCAGAGUCCACAAUCAGACCUGCAAGAGCCAUCAUAGCGCCGCAUGCAGGGUAUACCUACUGUGGUGCUUGUGCAGCAUAUGCCUACAAGCAGGUUGAUCCCUCUGUUACUCGUAGGGUGUUCAUCCUGGGACCUUCACACCAUGUGCCCCUCUCCCGCUGUGCCCUGUCACCUGCGGAGAUCUAUAGAACACCUCUCUAUGACCUGAGAAUCGACCACAAGGUUUAUGCCGACCUCUGGAAAACUGGGUUGUUUGAGCGGAUGAGUCUGCAAACAGAUGAAGAUGAGCACAGUAUUGAAAUGCACUUGCCUUACACUGCUAAAGCCAUGGAGAGCCACAAAGACGAGUUUAGCAUCGUCCCUGUGCUCGUGGGUGCCCUGAGUGAGUCCAAGGAACAGGAAUAUGGGAAGCUGCUCAGCAAGUACCUGGCAGACCCUUCCAACCUUUUCAUUAUCUCCUCCGACUUCUGCCACUGGGGUCAACGGUUCCGCUACACAUACUACGAUGAAUCUCAAGGGGAGAUCCACAGGUCUAUUGAGCAUCUUGAUAAAAUGGGGAUGGGCAUUAUAGAACAGCUGGAUCCCAUGUCUUUCACCAACUACUUGAAGAAGUACCGCAACACCAUCUGUGGGCGUCACCCGAUUGGAGUGCUUCUAAAUGCUGUGGCUGAGCUGAGGAAGUCUGGUUUAGAAAUGAACUUUUCUUUCCUGAACUACGCCCAAUCAAGUGAGUGCAGGAACUGGCAGGACAGCUCCGUGAGUUACGCUGCUGGGGCUCUCAUCGCUCAUUGAGGUCAACUCUCGCAGGGGCCACUGCAGCGCCGUCGUCCUGCCCUUACUAUAUAUCGCCAUAACCUGACCCAGACACCCUCCCUCUCGCCCCACCCCAUGUUACCCCCACUAUUUGCAGGAAGGACCUAGACACUCAAAGCCAAUAUAGUCUUCUUUCUCUGUCUCUCCCUCAGCUCUCCUCCGCCUUUCUCCAACCUCCUCUCAGUUUGAAGUGUGUCUCAGAGCUUGUGGUUGAAAUAUUUGGCUUGAAGUGCAGUUUUGAAAUGAUGGAGGUGAAAAUGGUUAGAGGAGAUAGGAGAGAGUAUUAUUUUUGUUUCGGAGUAAGCGUUGGGAGGGGGAGAUCUUACUUGGGUUUAGUCCCAUUUUGUUUUCCUGACAAAACAAUGGAUUUGAGUUGUAAUAAUGCCAUUGUUACAUGUGGGCUCUUUGCGAUCUGUGCUCAUGUAAUUUGCCUCAGAAAAGGAAUGAAAAUAAAAUUGCGGAUCAUAUGGAGCAUUUUGAAAUUUUGCCAGAUGAAAAUGGAAUGAGUAUUUUGACUGACUGCUUCAUGCUACAUAACCUCUGAAGACAGUGUCAUAGGUAGUUACUACCAUUGCUCAACAUAUGUUGUAGUUGUUAACAAAGGGCUGAACCCAAAAAAGUUCACUAACUCCCCUACUGUACAAAACCAAAAAUAUUAUUACUCUAAGUUUAUCAAAUAUUAUCUUUAAUCCAUAUUUUAUUCCUUUUUUCCCCCUCCCUUUUUCAGUAGUUUUAUUAGACGUGAUAGUAUUUAAUCAAGUAGUGUGUAGAUUUCAACAAAAGCAGUGUCGUCGGUUAAGCUGUAAAGCCAUCUACAUCAUCUGCCCAAUAAAUUGCUUCCAGAUUCCAAUUAUAUGCCUGUAGCAUCAGAGAUAUGUUUUGCGGGGGGCCACAGAUUUGUGGGUACUACAGAAAUGUAAUCAAAACCGGAUAUUGUUUAAAUUACUCCAACACUGACACCUCUAGUCUUUGUUUACACUGUCACCUUGAAUCUCUGUAGUUCAAGCAUUUUCAGGAGAUUCGAGUGAACAUUUUUUUUUUGCUAACUUUGCUAGAAAAUGUAUUUUGUUACACAUUCUUCUGUAAGAGCAGCAAAGCUUUUGUUUCGGUUUGACCAAAGUGUUAAAGGCCUACCUGAUCGGCUUAAGUUGUUGGAAAUGUUAUUAGAUCUGUUUACUUGGUAGUAAUUUACAUCUUUUUGUGUUGAUACAUUUUGAUUUAAGAAUGCCUAAAGUUAUCCAGAAAAUGUAGGUCAUCCUAUUUUAAAGAUUUGUUUUCCAGGUUAGUUGCCUCUUGAGUGUAUGAGAUUUAAUUUCAGUUACUCUCGAGGCAGUAGGAAUAUCAAUUGGACAAGGUAAGCUAAAACCAGUAAUGGAAGGCCCACAUUUUAAGAUCAGCACAAAGUCAUAAUGCUUUUCUAUAAGGUUUAAAAAUCUAGCUAGAAAAGUGACAGUUGCUCCAUGCUGUAUUUUGGAAUCUAUUAAAAACACAAAUAUUUACUUAAUGAAAUGUCAAGCACGAGGAUAACCAUUAAUAACAGAAGGAAAGAAAGUGUUUAUUUUUUUGGAAAGUAAUAUGCUAUGUAGUCUUGCUGCCUGAAAUAUCCUAAUGUUUUCAAAGAUGAACAGACUACGUACAAAAGCUGGAUGCAAAAACCCUGAUGAUCAAUAGCGCCAGUAUGGGCUUUCAAUGACAAUAUGACAUAGGAAGCAUCGAAUAUCUGCUGUCCUGUCCUUUGAUAUUUGAAUAUCACUGACUGAAUUUUACUGAUGCAGUCCUCUUACCAUUGGUCCGUCCUACUCGGCACCAUAGGAGGCAUCGCACUUAGCAUUAAGCUACAAUGUCUGACUGAAAGAUGAAUCUUCAGACUCACUUGACCUCUGAUGCUAAUUCAAGGGAAACUAGUAAAGCAUGACACACUGUGCUAUUGUGCCUUUUAUCACCGUUGCACAUAUACAUAUAAAGUGCAUUCUCACUUUUAGUCUUAUUUUAGUUUGUGUACUUUCAGUUUUUGUUUUUCCACAUGUACCCUCCUUCUUUCCUGGUGCCCAACAAUGUGUUUAGCUCCCCCAGCACUCCAGGAGUGUGUGAACUGUCCCCCUCAUCUGUUGUUGGGAAACUAGCACCAACUGUUAUCUCCUUUCUCCAGCAGGGAGUGGUGUUCUCUUUUCUCCACCUCACCUUAUUCCUGUAGAGAGACAAAGGCUGAACCUCAACACUGUUCAUUUUCUGUUUAUGGAUCUUUGUUUGUCUUUUAGAAAUGUUUUUUUGUUUUUGCUUAGAGAAUGGGAACUUGCACGUCAUAAACCUAAAAUAUACUACUUAACUACUCCCUCAAUGGAGUUUUUUUGAUCUCAGGUUCCACUGACAAAGCAUCCCAAAAGGCUCUUCAGAUAAGGCUGUGGAUUCAUGUUACAAAACAAGUAAAAUGUACUGAAAAGAGUGUCUGCUCUGGUGUCUUGUUCUUCAAGUAUUUAUAAGCAUAGACAUCUACUGACUUGGUAUAUAUGCAUUUCAAACACUGCUUUUCAUUUAUGUUGUUAUUCCUCCGAAGUUAGUAGCCGCUUACUUUUUAGCACUUCAGCAGAUCAAGCCAGCAUGUUAGUUUGGUUGUCAAAUAUGACAUUUUCAACCUCAAACAUGU